GCCCUCCCGGAAGUCACUGCCGGGCGGCCGUUAGCGUUUUAUCGCUGAGGAGAACCGCGGGAGCCAGUCGUCCGGGCCGGGCUCGCGGGCCGCCGACAUGCCUCUGGCCAGAGAUUUGCUACACCCCUCGUUGGAGGAGGAAAAGAAGAAGCAUAAAAAGAAACGGCUGGUUCAGAGUCCAAACUCUUACUUUAUGGAUGUAAAAUGUCCAGGUUGCUACAAGAUCACCACGGUGUUCAGCCAUGCCCAGACAGUGGUCCUCUGUGUAGGCUGCUCCACUGUGCUGUGCCAGCCCACGGGAGGGAAGGCCCGGCUCACAGAAGGCUGUUCCUUUAGAAGAAAGCAGCACUAGUGACCCGUGCAAAUUCCUGGAUUUGUGUUUUCUCACAGAAAGCCUUAUCAUAAGUUCAGAUAUUCUGGUGAAUCUACUAAGAAAAUGUAAUUUUGUUUGACUUUAUAAGGUAUUCAAGUUAUCCCCUAUUUUGAUGUCAGUUUUUCAAUAAAGUUUUGAUUAUGGGCAAA